CAAAAAAACUGAAAGUACGCGUCAGAGUGCUGUUUCAGUGUUUAUCUUCUCCUCUUAAAUCUGUUCCAAAGCGUGAUUUCCGCUACUACCUACCUACCCUUUUGCAGCCACUUAAACAAAGUCAUUGACAAAAGCACACAAAGUCUCUUCCCCUCAUAAAGCACUGAUUUUCACGCAGAACUCAGCUUUAGUUCGUGCUUCAUUAACAUGGGUGCUGGUGACUACUACAAAAUACUGAAGGUGAAGCAUGAUGCCACUGAUGAAGAAGUGAAGAAGGCUUAUAAGAAAUUGGCAAUGAAAUGGCACCCAGAUAAGAACCUUGAAGACCCUCUUAGGAAAGAAGAGUUUGAGGCCAAGUUUAAACAAGUUUCUGAGGCCUAUGAUGUGCUUAGUGACCCAAAGAAGCGCCAGAUCUAUGACUUGUACGGUCACUAUCCCCUUAACUCUCAACGCUUCACCAAGGAAUAUGGCUAUGGGAACAUGAAGGAUGCAGGGGUGGUUGAAAGCAGCUUGCUUUGUACCCUUGAAGAGCUUUACAACGGUUGCAAAAAGAAGUUGAAGGUCUCAAGGAUUGUUCCUGAUGAAUUCGGAGAGUUAAGGUCUGUAGAAGAAAUCUUGAAGAUAGACAUAAAGCCUGGUUGGAAGAAGGGCACAAAAAUAACUUUUCCUGGGAAAGGCAACCAAGAACCAGGAUUUGCUCCAUCUGAUCUAAUUUUUGAGUUGGAUGAGAAGCCUCAUGCUAUUUUCAAGAGGGAUGGAAAUGAUCUUGUAGUGAUGCAUAAGAUAUUACUUGUGGAUGCUCUCACAGGAAAGACUCUCAACUUGACUACUUUGGAUGGAAGAGAUCUCACAAUCAAAGUGGCUGAUAUUGUGAAACCUGGCUAUGAGCUGGUGGUCCCAAAUGAAGGCAUGCCCAUCUCAAAGGAACCUGGCAAGAAAGGAAACCUCAGAAUCAUGUUUGAUGUUAUGUUUCCAUCAAGGCUGACCACACAACAGAAGUAUGAUCUGAAAAGGAUUCUCAGUGAUGUUGAUUACUAAGCCAAUUAAUGGCUGUAACUAUCCAUUAACAUCCUCUUUCACAUGAAGAUCAGUUUACACUGUAAAUAACUUAAAAGUAAUUCCACUUAUCUAUAAGAAGUUUGUGCAUAUUACAAAUUAUACCUAGCAUAGUUGCUACUGCUACCAUAUAUGAAGCAUGAUGUAGCUUUGUAAACAAGUCUAUAUCAAUAUUUUUACAGUUUUAGUAAUUUUACUCUGCUGUUUUAGAUUAAAGGAAAAAGAAAUAGAACUAUGGUUAUCUGUGCAUUGACUGGUUUCAUUUAAAUAGAGUUGUCUUGUUUGUUAUGA